GGAGAUUCUGGAAAACGUAACUUGUAAAAAAACAAAGAAAAAUAAGAAAUGGUCGUCAAAAGCAAAGGGAACUUCCAACGUGCUCUAGGCUCUGGUUUUUCAGCAAAUCCAUCUUCUUAUCCUCCUUUUUAUAUCUUCUUUCUUUCGUUUUUUCUUUCCUCACAAACUUUCCCAGAAAAUUUUUGUUCAUAGCCCAAAGCCACCCUGUUUUCCGAGAAAGAUUUAAUGAGCAGAACGGGGUUGUUUGAUCUUGAGAGGCAUUUUGCCUUCUAUGGGGCAUACCACAGCAACCCAAUCAAUGUUUUGAUACACAUAAUCUUUGUGUGGCCAAUCUUCUUCACCGCCCUGGUUCUUUUGUACUUUACGCCUGCUCUCUACACGCCCUCCCCUCAGAUUGGGCUUUUCCAAUCUGGGUUCCUGGUUUUUAAUUUUGGGUUCUUGUUGGCUCUGAUCUAUGCCUUGUUCUAUGUGGCUUUUGAUAAGAAAGCAGGGGCUUUGGCUGCUUUGUUGUGUUUUGCCUGUUGGGUUGGAGCUAGUUUCCUUGCCAGUCGCCUUGGGUUUUCUCUGGCGUGGAAGGUUGUACUAGCAGCUCAGUUGUUAUGUUGGACUGGACAGUUCAUUGGCCAUGGGGUGUUUGAGAAACGAGCACCAGCUCUUCUGGACAACCUCCUUCAAGCCUUCCUAAUGGCUCCUUUCUUUGUAUUGCUUGAGGUUCUUCUGACAUUUUGUGGAUAUGAACCGUAUUCAGGGUUCCAUGCAAGUGUGAAAGCAAAGAUAGAUGCAGAGAUAAAAGAAUGGCAGAGCAAGAAACAAAAGAAAAUUUCCUAAGCCUGAACAUUUCAUGGAAGAGCCAGAGAAUUGGUUUGUACCGAAAUGUAAUUGAAAUAAUGUAACAAAUAUGCAGCUUCCAUUUAAAUUUGUAGAUAACUUUCUGCACACUUCUUAAUAGAGCUCAGGACCUUAUUUCCCCUUGAA